GCUAACGAUAAGCCCAAAGUGUCUAAUGUAGGAGGAAGAGGAAGCUGCUAACGAUCAGCAAAACCAGACGCAAAGAGGUUGAUGUCGUCGACGGUGGAGCAUGAUUACAUAGGUCUGUCGGAGCGGAACUCCUCUGCCGGCGGAGUCGAGGGAGGGGUUAUGAACCUCAAGGCCACAGAACUCAGGUUGGGGCUGCCUGGGUCGGAGUCGCCCCACCGCGUGGAGAAGAUCGGGCUCACCCUGGAUUUGCUCCCCAAGAGCUUCGUCUCCGGUGCCAAGAGGGGGUUCUCCCACGCCAACGAUGGGGGCGGGACGUGGGGAUUUGCCGCCGAAGGUGGCGGAUCUGAAGUGAACUCGGUAAAAGGUGGCGGCUUGUUUUCGGGGAGAGGGGAGGUUGCAUCCGGUGGCAGUGCAGGGCAGCUUUCUGGGCAAGGGAAUGUGGGGAAGGACCUAGCGGUGAAAGCGGCUGGGCAGGAGUGGAAGGUCACCCCGAAGGGCUGUGGUUCUGUUGGGAAUGAUAGUCCGGUAGCUCCUGCAGAGAAAAAUAUGAGCGGACAACAGGAGAACGUUGCAGCUCCAAAGUUGAAUGAAAGGAUAUUGUCGUCAUUGUCCAAGAGAUCAGUGGCUGCCCAUCCUUGGCAUGAUCUUGAAACAGGUAAAGAGGUCCCUGUUGUGUUCAAUGUGAUUGCCUCCCAAAAGGAUGCAAGGGUUAGAUUUGAACUUGUUAUUCAUAGAUCUAUCACUAUAUGA